ACGUGAGACGUCGGUGUUGCAGUGUUGUUCGUGUCAUCUCUAACCUAACCUGUUGAAUAUUUUCCUUUGAACUUUUGAUAUUUGUUCGGAUUUUUUUUUCGAAAUAAAAGUUACUGGAAUAACUACGAAGAUGAGUUGCGGAAUGGGAAUGAUAAAAUAUCUACUCUUCAUAUUUAAUUUCAUCUUCGCGGUAUGCGGGUUAGGUAUUCUAACUCUCGGUGUUUUGGUACAUCUACAAAUAUUAGGAGUAAGUAAGCAAAUCGAAACCGGUCUUGCGUUUCCAUCGAUAACAUUGAUCGUUCUUGGCAGUAUAAUCUUUGUAAUAUCAUUUUUCGGAUGCUGCGGUGCUAUCCGAGAAAGUCAUUGCAUGACUAUUACCUUCGCAUCGUUUCUCCUGUUUAUUUUGCUCGUGCAAAUAGCAGUUGCCGUUUAUGCCUUUAUAAUUGUCAAAAAUGAUGAUAAUUUCCGCAAUAUAUCAGAGAAAUAUCAGGAGAUAUUUAAUGGUUACUUUUUGAAUUCGGAGAGUAAAGAGUUUAUUGAUCUUGUUCAGAAAAAUUUGCAAUGCUGUGGUGUCCACUCUUCAAGUGAUUAUAAUAAUAAACCUAUUCCUGCAAGUUGUUGUAGUACUAUCGAAAAUGAUAAAAAAACUUGUUCUAUAAGUAAUACAUAUGCGAAUGGUUGUGUAGAAGUAUUAAAAGAUACGCUCAAGUUUGCCGGAACUGUAUUUGGUAGUGUCGCUAUUGCUAUUGCCGGUGUUGAGUUGAUUGGCAUCAUUUUCGCACUUUGCCUGGCAAAUUCUAUAAAAAACGCUGAACGCAGGGGUUAUAGAGUAUGAAAGUUCAACAGAUAUUAAAAGAAAUAUAUGUU